AUGUCCGUCCAGCUUGUGGUUCCAAAUGCAGAGCCGAAGUAUCCUCGUGGCGAUCGCCUGCACGAGGAGCCUUCGGCGAAGAAUGCGCAGGGUUUAUUCUCCCCUGACGCUUGCAUUUUUGUUGGAAAUCUUUCCACAAAGGUCCCGACUGAGAAGCUUGCAGAGGACUUGAAGUCGGUCUUCACACAAUUCGGUUCUUGCCAUGUCAAGAUAAAGCAGGAUAAAAAGAAAGGAUUGCCGGGUGCUUUUGUACAAUUUGAACGUGUGGAAGAUGCCAGUGCAGCACUCGCGUCUGAAAAAUGUACAGUGCUGCAUGACCGAUUGCUCAGAACCGAAAGGGCAAAGGGACGGCGAACCGCGUGCCUCGGAAUCCGCACUGGUCAAUCCAUAACAGCGCAUGAUGUGUUAACGGCACUGGGAGGUCGCGGUUCACUUGAGGUCUACUCCAUUGAGCCGCAACAGAUGGGCAUCCAAACGGGGCCGGAUGUCGCCAAAGUCACCUUUGCCUUUGUCGACGACUGCAGAGACGCCAUCAAGUACUUCCAAAAGAACGACAAAUACUACCUGCAGCUUCUCGACAUGGACGGCAGCCCUCUUCUCCAGGAAUCUGGAGGGGGCCCUCCCAGGCCAAAGCCACAUAAUGCGACUUUCUCGACUGGCAGUGGAAACAGCCAGCAGCGAAGCAGCAACCGGCCGCACCGCAACGGGCCUCCCAACCACCGAGGUGGCUAUCGUAGCUUCCCAAAAUAUCACCAUCAGCCGAUACACCAUGAAAAUGUCCCUCCCCGCGGUGGUCGCAUGCCUAGUUCGCAUGUCAUGUUCAACGGGAUUCCCUACAGCAACGAAACUCAACAGCCGAGCUACCCUCACCCACCACCUCCGCCAGUACUAAAUGGCUAUGGUGGGCCUCCGUUGAUGUUCAACGGCCCUCCACCCUACAUCGGUCCACACCCGUCUCCAGACGGUUUUGCUUCUCCCAUGACUAACGGGCCCUUCAUCGUCUGCAGCCAGCCAGCUUGGACCGCACCGGACCCAGCGUUUUAUCCUGGGCCUUUCGUUGCAAGCAACGGCUACCUCAGUCCACAGGCCAGCAUAAACAAUCACUCGGGAUACUUUGGCCAUGUCAGCCAUCCUGGUUACAGUGAUCCCUACCCAGCACCGUUAGGCUACAUGGUUCCCUCGUCGCCCAACGUCAACAGCCAGUAUAACACAUCGAAUCUGGCGAAAGGGGAGCCUGCAGGAGGACAAGAUGCUUCUAAAUAUAAAGCAUUUGGUAAGGCUUCUGGGCUUGAGAGGCGGAAUGAGCCUGCAAAGACCAAGAAUCCUGAGCAGGACAUGGUGGGAGGUGUUCCGCUGCACCCAAAAACACCCGAGAAGGCACCGCGACUCAUCCGGGUUUGCGAUUCUGACGACGAGGAAGAUGCCCCCAGGGACAGUCUUGAUAAGACCCCCAAGUUGACCACAGUCCUGGUGUCAGUCCAAGAAGUAGCGGAAAAUGAAUCCGCAACUACAGAAACUGCGUCGCAAUCUCGCUCUCGCUCUCGGUCAGUAUCUGGCUCCAGAACUAGAUCGGGGUCCGGUACCGAUUUGGUCUCGCCUUCAGGCUCGGAGAAGAGCGAGGAGAACAAGACCUCAGACAUCGGCAAACCCAAGGAGAGCCCCGACCCACCCUGCUCCAGCCACAAUGCCUCCAGCACCACUUCCAGCCGCACUUGCACGUCCCCUACCCGCAAAAACGUACAUACUAAAUCGCAGACAAGCACUGGUCUCUCAAUCGAGGAGUACGUGCGGCGCGAGGCUUCGGGUACGGGACUUAGUGAGGAAUCAUUGCAAGACGUGAUUCGAGGUCUACAAGACGAGCGAAAAGCUAAGCAGGACCAGGGAAAGGAAGAGAAGGAGGAAAAGCAGGAGAAGAAAAACUUGCUGGGAGAGCCUGAUGAUCACCAGUCCGGCUCUGGCUCUAAUUCUGGUGGUUCUCGGAACGGGUCGGCGACGCGUUCUUGUUCGGUGAAGUCGAUCUAA